AUGAGUGAUGCUGAGAUGGAAGUAUUUGGGGUGGCUGCCUCGUACCUCCGCAAGCCGGAGCGGGAGAGGAUUGCGGCACAGGUCAAACCAUUUGAUGCCAAAACGGCCUGCUUUGUGGCAGAUCUAAAGGUAGAGUAUGUGAAAGGCAAAAUCAAGAGCCAAGACAUCUCCAAGGUCACAAUGGAGACUGAGGAUGGGAGGGUGAGUACAUAUACAAUGUUCUAGAAUGUUUGACCAUAGUAGCUCUGUUCUAACCCACUGGACACAGACGUUAGUUCAACGUCUAGUUUUGAUUUACAUUUGGUUGAGUUAUCAGCUAACGGGAAUUCAAAGUGAAAACAACAAAACAUUCCACCAUGGUUAAAAGUUGGGUUAAAAAAAACGAUAAUCACUUACGUUGAUUACUUUUUUCAAAUCCAAUCAGUUCUCCACAUUGAUUCAACUUCAUCACAUUGACGUUUUUUGUUGAAAUGACAUGGAAACAACAUUCAACCAGUUUUUGCCCAGUGGGAAAGCAUGAUAUAUUUUACUUACUAUAUGAGAGUGACUGAAAUUCAGAGUGCAUGUCAUUUCUAAGCCUUUUUGGAUGCUAAAUAAAAAGUUCAUUAUGCCACCGUGGCAUGAUUUCAAUGCAGUUUCAUCCAGUUAUUAUUCUAGCAUGUAAUCAAUACAACUGGUUCCUUAUUUGAAUGGAAACUUGCCUCCCCUAACUGCCCUCCCCUUUAUUUGAUCAUGUUGCAGGUUGUCACGGUGAAUCCGGAUGACAUCAGCCCCAUGAACCCUCCUAAAUUUGACAAGAUCGAGGACAUGGCCAUGUUGACCCAUCUCCAUGAGCCAGCCGUGCUGUUCAACCUCAAGGAGCGCUACACUGCCUGGAUGAUCUAUGUAAGCAGACACAGAUCAGAUUACAUUUCAACUCAGUCAUACGUACAUCUUCUAAUUGCAUUGUCAGUGAAACAUCUACAAACUAGUUUCAUGGGUUCAAUUAGAUCAUCAAUGACAUAAUCUGAGUUGUUCCCCUAUUGCAGACCUACUCUGGGCUGUUCUGUGUGACUGUGAACCCCUAUAAGUGGCUCCCGGUCUACAACCCAGAGGUGGUGGCUGGCUAUCGGGGCAAGAAGCGCCAGGAGGUCCCACCGCACAUUUUCUCCAUCUCUGACAAUGCCUAUCAGUUUAUGCUAACAGGUAUAAUCUUCAUUUCAUGAUGUAUCCUAUUGUAGCAGCAAGUAUACUUAACAGGUAAUUUUAUCUUUCAACAGAUCGUGAAAACCAGUCCAUCCUUAUCACGUAUGUACUGUUGCCCAUGCUGUUACUAAUUGUCUGCCUCUGUAAAGAACUGAAUUUACUAGGAAAGUUUACAUUAUUACUCUCAAUUGUGUUGUUCAAUCUUGAUUUUUACAGUGGAGAAUCUGGUGCAGGGAAGACUGUAAACACAAAGCGUGUCAUCCAGUAUUUUGCGACAAUCGCCAUGGCUGGAGGAAGUGAAAAGAAGAAGGAAAUCAAUGGGAAAAUGCAGGUUCUAUCCAUACUCAUGUUACAUUAACAUAAUAUGUAUAUAGUCCCCUCUAUUGCAUUUACUGUAAAGUGGAUUUACUCAUACUUACCAACAAUUUUAUUCUCAAAGGGAACCCUGGAGGAUCAAAUCAUCCAGGCCAACCCUCUGCUGGAGGCUUUUGGGAAUGCCAAGACUGUGAGGAACGACAACUUAAACCAAACACCUUAGCUGAAAUGUGACCUUUUAAAAACAAUGUAAUAUUUGGAAAACUUACAGGGCAAAUUCAUCCGCAUCCACUUUGGCACAAAGGGGAAGCUGUCCUCAGCUGAUAUUGAGACAUGUGAGUUUGCUUGUCUAUUUUCUUUAAAUAUGCAAGGCCAUUGCUGUGGAUUGGAACAAAAUGUAAUUUGAUUAUUUCUCUGAUUUUCUUCUUUAGACCUUCUGGAAAAAUCCAGGGUAACGUUUCAGCUCCUGGCAGAAAGGAGUUAUCACAUCUUCUAUCAGAUCAUGUCCAAUAAGAAGCCUGAAUUAAUUGGUAGGUUGAGUAAUGCUGCCUGGUGGAUCUAUAUAAAGCCAUACACAGUAAUUGUAGUUUUGGACUACAAAGGUAUUGGUUACUUUAAGGGGGCAAUCUGAGAUUGCUACAUCCAUUUGUGUACUUUAAAAUUAAUGAUAUGUACCCAUUGGUUCUUGAAGAAUAAAUGACUCAUGAGCUUAGGUCAACUGUCAUACCCCAUCAGAACCCCAAAUAUAAAAUUGUUUUACUCCAUUGUUUGUAAACAAUGUAAUUGUAAAUAAAAACUGUAUAGCCUAGUCAGUCCUCACAUCCAUAGCUCUGUCUAUGAAUUUGAGAGUGGUUAUAUUUCUCCAGCCCCAUCCCUCAACUGUUUACCAAAAACAGUGGUAGGUUGCCACUUUGUUGUUGUUUGAACUGCAAAAAAAAAAAGUGAUGUACUGUGAGUUCAGCCUCCAACACCAAUGUAACCCCCCACUGGUAAAUAUACACCUUCUCUAUCAUGUUCACCAGAGAUGCUGCUCAUCACCACCAACCCAUAUGACUACCCUUUCAUCAGUCAGGGGGAAAUAAAGGUGCAAAGCAUCAAUGACACAGAAGAGCUCAUGGCCACAGAUGUGAGUCCACCUGUACCCUAUAUCUCAUAUGUGUAAAUUACCCACACAGAUUGGAAAAUGAAUACAUCGAAAACAUAAUAGAAAACCCUCAACUGUACUGUAUAAGAUUGUCUUAGGGACUGAUGAAAUGUUUAUAUAUGUUUGACUGAGCUCCAAUAUCUGUCCCAAUAGAGUGCCAUUGAUAUCCUAGGCUUCAAUGCAGAGGAAAAACUUGGGAUCUACCAAACUGACUGGUGCUGUGAUGCAUCAUGGGAACAUGAAGUUCAAGCAGAAGCAGUGUGAGGAACAGGCAGAGCCUGAUGGCACUGAGGGUGAGCAGUCUUUGAUUUUUACUUAUUUUGAAAUUCUAAUUAAAUCUUCACUUAUCCACAGCCAGAAUCCACUCAUCAUCUUUUUUGUCUCAUGUAUUCCAAUAGUAGCUGACAAAGUUGCCUACCUCAUGGGCCUGAACUCUGCUAAUCUACUGAAAGCUGUGUGCUAUCCCAGAGUGAAGGUCGGGAAUGAAUAUGUCACCAAAGGACAGACAGUUCAACAGGUAUGACAAACUACAUUAGAGUGUGUACAGACAUGAGUGACCCUCGCCCAACUCUCACCAAUUUUCCAUUGUCCUUAAAAUGUGUUUUGUCUCAUUUGCAGGUGAAUAACUCCAUGGGUGCCCUGUCUAAGGCAGUGUAUGAAAAACUGUUCUUGUGGAUGGUGACCAGAAUAAACCAGCAGCUAGACACCAAAUUGCCCAGGCAGCAUUUUAUUGGCGUUCUGCACAUAGCAGGCUUUGAGAUCUUUGAGGUAUGAGUGGACUCCUCAUUUGAAACACAUUUACAACAAUGUAAUCCUUUAUUGUAUGUUAUUUAAUUAUAUUUUGUAAACCAUGCAGAUGAACAGCCUGGAACAGCUCUGCAUCAAUUUCACUAAUGAGAAACUGCAACAGUUUUUCAAUCACCACAUGUUUGUGUUGGAACAAGAGGAAUACAAGAAGGAAGGGAUUGAGUGGGAGUUCAUUGACUUUGGAAUGGACUUGGCUGCCUGCAUUGAGCUUAUUGAGAAGGUACUGUGACCUUUAAGUCACUCUUUACAGUCUAACUGUUAAUUGAUUAAAUAAGUUAGGAUCAACAGGACAGAGUUGAAAAACAUAUUUAUUGACAGUAAUUAAAAAGUUUAUAAGCAUAAUAUUGAAAUCCAGUAGACAGACAUGAUCAAAACAAUGAAGUUCUAUACCUUGGUUCUUAUAAACACAUUUUACACUGUAAAUCUUCCACAGCCAAUGGGUAUUUUCUCCAUCCUUGAAGAAGAGUGCAUGUUUCCAAAGGCAACAGACUGCUCCUGCAAGAACAAACUCUAUGACCAGCAUCUUGGGAAGAACAGCCAAAGCAGAGGCCCACUUCACCCUGGUUCACUACGCUGGCACUGUGGACUACAACAUCGGUGGCUGGCUGGAGAAGAACAAGGACCCGCUGAAUGACACUGUGGUACAACUGUACCAAAAAGCUGCCCUGAAGCUAUUGUCUCAGUUGUUUGCAAAGUUUGUCUUAGUUGAUGGUGAGUUUACAUCAGCGUUUUAAGACAUCAGUGAAAAAUUAUCUUGAGUAGAAAUACAAUUGUUUUAUUUUUCUCUUUCUGUAGCUGAUAGAAACCAAAAAGGAGCAAAAAAGAAGGGGUCCUUUUUCCAGACUGUCUCUGCACUUUUCAGGGUAAAACUGUUUCCCCCUACUCUUAUGAAAAUGUAUAUCGAUCUAAUGAUCGUAUGUAGACUUUAGAACAUUUCUAUGCACAAUUCAGUGAGCAUUGUUUUGCUUGUUCAUGCUCUUUUAUCACUUCAUAACCAUCCCUCAGGAAAAUCUCAACAAGCUGAUGUCUAACCUGAGGUCCACACAUCCCCAUUUUGUGAGAUGCAUCAUCCCAAACGAGACCAAAACACCAGGUAUGUAAAGGUUUGAAACAUGUAAUGUUGGUUGUUUGCUCUCAAGGCUGCCUGACCUGACAGAAUUAUGCCUUUCCAUGUAGGGGCCAUGGAACACUACCUCGUUUUGCAUCAGCUGCGCUGUAACGGUGUGCUGGAGGGUAUCAGAAUCUGCAGGAAGGGAUUCCCAAGCAGGAUUAUAUAUGCUGACUUCAAGCAGAGGUAAAUCCUUCAUUGAUCUCUGUUACCUAUAAGAAAAAUGAUUCAACAAACAUGAGCUCAAGGAUAAAUGUGGACUGUUUCCCCAACAGAUACAGAAUCCUGAAUGCCAGUGCUAUCUCCGAGGGGCAGUUUAUCGACAGCAAAAAGGCAUCAGAGAAGCUACUGUCCUCCAUCGAUGUGGACCACGCCCAGUACAAAUUUGGAUACACUAAGGUAUUGUGAAGGCAAAACAAUGUUAUGGUCUGACCUAUAGGCAUGACGUUAUCGAGUGAUAUGUAGUGUACAUUCAGACAGUGGUGCACCAACUCAGAAUAACACUUGCAUUGCUUGUGUUUGUAUGUGUAUAUUAGGUGUUCUUUAAAGCUGGCCUGUUAGGUCUGCUGGAGGAGAUGAAAGAUGAGCGCCUGGCAGUGUUAUUGACUCGCAUCCAGGCUGUCUCCAGGGGCUACAUCACGAGGCAGAGGUUCAAGGAGAUGUCAAAGAAAAGGUCUAAAAAACAUAUUUCUGUAAUUGAAAAAUUCAUACAGUACAGGUCCUAUGAACUUCAAUAAAUGACGGGAUCUUUCUUUUGCCACUACAUAGGGAAUCCAUUUUCAUAAUUCAAUAUAACAUCCGGUCAUUCAUGAACGUGAAGAACUGGCCUUGGAUGAGGCUCUACUUCAAGAUCAAGCCCCUGUUGCGAAGUGCAGAGGCUGAGAAGGAGAUGCAGAACAUGAAAGAGGAGUUCUCAAAGGUCAAAGAUGAGUUUGCAAAGUCAGACGCCAGGAGGAAGGAACUUGAGGAGAAGAUGGUGGUCCUUGCUCAGGAGAAGAAUGACCUUUACCUCCAGAUUCAAGCGGUGGGUUUCUAUCAAGUUUUUAAGAACAUGCUUUAUAUUAGAUAUGUGUGUAGAUGUUGCAUGGUUCUUAUAAAUAUAUAGCACUUUCUAUGAGGUUACAUAUUAACAUUUCAAGAAGUACCAAACUUUAAUUGAAUCCAAUGAACUCAAAUCAAAUUGUAUCUGUCCCAUACUUCGUAAACAUCAGGUGUAGACUAACAGUGAAAUGCUUACUUACAAAAUAAUAACACAAGGAAUAAAUACACAAUGAGUAACGAUAACUUGGCUAUAUACAUUUAAAAUUUAAAAUUUUAGUCAUUUAGCAGACGCUCUUAUCCAGAGUGACUUACAGUUAGUGAGUGCAUAAAUGUUUUCAUACUGGUCCACCGUGGGAAUCGAACCCACAACCCUGGCGUUGCAAGCGCCAUGCUCUACCAACUGAGCUACACGGGACCACACAGGGUACCAGUACCGAGUCGAUGUGCAGGGGUAUGAGGUAAUUGAGGUAGAUAUGUACAUAUAGUAAGGAUAAAAUGACCAGGCAACAUUAUAGAUAAUAAGCAGUAGCAGCAACCCUGUUACUAUUGGUUUAUUGUCUAAGGUAUGCUACUUGUUCAUAUUUCAACAGGAAAGAGAGAACCUCUCUGAUGCAGAAGAGAGAUGUGAGGGGUUGAUCAAGAGCAAGAUCCACCUAGAGGCAAAAACCAAGGAGUUCUCUGAGAGAAUUGAGGAAGAGGAGGUGUUCAAUGCAGAGAUCACUGCCAGGAAGAGGAAACUGGAGGAUGAAUGCUCCGAGCUCAAAAGGGAUAUAGAUGACCUGGAGCUCACUAUUGCCAAGGUUGAGAAGGAGAAAUAUGCCACAGAAAAUAAGGUGAGGGCAUCUGAUAAGCACAUCACCCCAUGCCUUUAAAUGUCAUAACCACAAUGAAUGGACGGUAACUUUGUGUGCGUUAUUUUAACACAGGUGAAAAAUUUGACAGAGGAGUUGACCACAUUAGAGGAAAAUCUUCUGAAGUCUUCAAAGGAGAUCAAGGCAUUGCAAGAGGUGCAUCAGCAGACCCUGGAUGACCUCCAGGCAGAGGAGGACAAAGUCAACACUCUGACUAAGACAAAGGUCAAGCUAGAGCAACAGGUUGAUGAUGUAAGCAUCGAGUGACUUGUACACUUUUGUCUUUUGUUAGCAUUCUUUCAAGAUUUUCCCACAGUCAUUGAUUGUUCUGGACUAUGAUCUCCUUCCAGCUUGAGGGAUCUCUAGAGCAGGAGAAGAAGGUGCGUGCAGAUUUGGAAAGAGCCAAAAGAAAACUUGAGGGAGAUCUCAAGCUGUCACAGGAAAAUGUUAUGGACCUGGAGAAUGAAAGACAACAAAUGGAUGAACGAUUAAAAAAGUAAUUUAGAAAUGAUCAUUGAGUUUAUGGAGAUUAAACUCUUGAUUCACAUUUUGAUAGAGUAGUAGUUGAAAGUGAUAGAAACAGCACAAACAAUGGAGCAUCAACUAAUUUUCAUAUAAUGAAAUGAAAUGUACAAACAUUUUUUUCAGGAAGGAUUUAGAGUUCAGUUACCUGCAAGGUAGAUUUGAGGAUGAACAAAUACUGAGCACUCAACUUCAGAAGAAAAUAAAGGAGUUUCAGGUAUGUGGUUUGUGAAAAUAAAUUAAAUGCAUACAUUGUAACUUUUGUCAAAAUUCUGAUGUAAUUAUUAUUUUUACCACAGGCUCGCAUUGAGGAACUCGAAGAGGAAAUCGAAGCUGAGCGCUCUGCUCGGGCCAAGAUAGAGAAGCAAAGGUCUGAUUUCUCCAGGGAACUUGAGGAGAUCAGUGAGAGACUGGAAGAAGCUGGUGGAGCCACUGCUUCCCAGAUUGAGGCAAACAAGAAGCGCGAAAGUGAGUUUCAGAGGCUGCGUCGUGAUCUCGAAGAGUCAACCCUGCAGCAUGAGUCAAUCACUGCUGCUCUCCGCAAGAAUCAGGCAGACAGCGUGGCAGAACUGGGAGAACAAAUAGACAACCUCCACAGAGUUAAGCAGAAACUGGAGAAGGAGAAAAGUGAAUACAAGAUGGAAAUUGAUGACUUGGCCAGCAACGUGGAGAGUGUCCUCAAAAGCAAGGUAGGUUCAACAUAUGUUGACCAUAUUGAUAUUCAACAUACUAAAUAAACUAAUUCACGAUUCACCAGCCUGGUCUCAUAGACUAGCGGUAAUAUAGUAAACGUAAAUCCGGGACGUUCAAAUUAGGAUGAUAUGUUUCGAUUGGUAUGGUUACAUAAGACAGAAGGUUGCUUAAGGCAAAAAACAAAAGUAGGUUGGGUGGGUGGUUGGUCGGGGCGGGUGGGUGUAUAAUGCGAACGUCUAGCAAUCCGUAGAUUAUGUGGGUGGGUGGAUGGGUGGUUGGUUGGUUGGGGGCGAGUGGGCGUAUAAUGCGAACAUCUAGCAAUCGAGCUACUUUGCAACUACUUAGCAUGAUAGCUAACCCUUCCCCUAACCUUAACCCUUUAACCUAACCUUAACCUUAACCCGAACCUUAACCCCUAGCCUAGAAUUGUGAUAUGUUCCGAAUUGCAAUUUGUACAAUAUAUUAUGAAUUUGCUAAACGUAUUAUAUGUUACGAAUUCCAAUUUGUUGUGGCUAACAUUAGCUUUUUAUUUUUUAUACACUGCUCAAAAAAAUAAAGGGAACACUAAAAUAACACAUCCUAGAUCUGAAUGAAUGAAAUAAUCUAUUAAUACUUUUUUCUUUACAUAGUUGAAUGUGCUGAACAACAAAAUCACACAAAAAUUAUCAAUGGAAAUCAAAUUAUCAACCCAUGGAGGUCUGGAUUGGAGUCACCUCAAAAUAAAGUGGAAAACCACACUACAGGCUGAUCCAACUUUGAUGUAAUGUCCUUAAAACAAGUCAAAAUGAGGCUCAGUAGGUGUGUGGCCUCCACGUGCCUGUAUGACCUCCCUACAAUGCCUGGGCAUGCUCCUGAUGAGGUGGCGGAUGGUCUCCUGAGGGAUCUCCUCCCAGACCUGGACUAAAGCAUCCGCCAACUCCUGGACAGUCUGUGGUGCAACGUGGCGUUGGUGGAUGGAGCGAGACAUGAUGUCCCAGAUAUGCUCAAUUGGAUUCAGGUCUGGGGAACGGGCGGGCCAGUCCAUAGCAUCAAUGCCUUCCUCUUGCAGGAACUGCUGACACACUCCAGCCACAUGAGGUUUAGCAUUGUCUUGCAUUAGGAGGAACCCAGGGCCAACCGCACCAGCAUAUGGUCUCACAAGGGGUCUGAGGAUCUCAUCUCGGUACCUAAUGGCAGUCAGGCUACCUCUGGCGAGCACAUGGAGGGCUGUGCGGCCCCCCAAAGAAAUGCCACCCCACACCAUGACUGACCCACCGCCAAACCGGUCAUGCUGGAGGAUGUUGCAGGCAGCAGAACGUUCUCCACGGCGUCUCCAGACUCUGUCACGUCUGUCACAUGUGCUCAGUGUGAACCUGCUUUCAUCUGUGAAGAGCACAGGGCGCCAGUGGCAAAUUUGCCAAUCUUGGUGUUCUCUGGCAAAUGCCAAACGUCCUGCACGGUGUGGGCUGUAAGCACAACCCCCACCUGUGGACGUCGGGCCCUCAUACCACCCUCAUGGAGUCUGUUUCUGACCGUUUGAGCAGACACAUGCACAUUUGUGGCCUGCUGGAGGUCAUUUUGCAGGGCUCUGGCAGUGCUCCUCCUGCUCCUCCUUGCACAAAGGCGGAGGUUAGCAUCCUGCUGCUAGUUGUUGCCCUCCAUACGGCCUCCUCCACGUCUCCGAUGUACUGGCCUGUCUCCUGGUAGCGCCUCCAUGCUUGGACACUAUGCUGACAGACACAGCAACUUUUUUUCAUUUUGCCACAGCUCGCAUUGAGUCCAUCCUGGAUGAGCUGCACUACCUGGCCACUUGUGUGGGUUUAGACUCCGUUCUCAUGCUACCACUAGAGUGAAAGCACCGCCAGCAUUCAAAGUGACCAAAACAUCAGCCAGGAAGCAUAGGAACUGAGAAGUGGUUGGUCACCACCUGCAAAACCAGUCCCUUUAUUGGGGGUUGGUCUUGCUAAUUGCCUAUAAUUUCCACCUGUUGUCUAUUCCAUUUGCACAACAGCAUGUGAAAUUUAUUGUCAAUCAGUGUUGCUUCCUAAGUGGACAGUUUGAUUUCACAGAAGUGUGAUUGACUUGGAGUUACAUUGUGUUGUUGAAGUGUUCCCUUUAUUUUUUUGAGCAGUGUAUUUUAGGCUAACCUUGAGAAACUGUGCAGAACUCUUGAAGACCAAAGUAAUGAGUACAAGAACAAAUGUGACGAGGCCCAUGAGUCUCUAAAUUAUUACACUGCCCUGAAUGCUCGCUUGCAAACAGAAAAUUGUAAGUUUCAGGUAAAUUCCUGUGUACAUGAAGGACACCAAGGACUUGAUACAUAGUUUGAGAACUACGCUGCUAAUGUGCUACUUUUACUGUAUACCUUGAAUAGGUGAGCUCACACGCCAGCUUGAGGAGAAGGAGUUAACUGUGUCCCAGCUGACCAGAGUGAAACUAGUGUGCAGUCAACAGAUUGAAGAGCUGAAGAGACUUUUGGAGGAGGAAGUUAAGGUUAUACAAACUCUUGCCAAUUACAAGCCAUGGUUAUUUCACCAUGACAAUAUAAGCUAAGACUAAUUUAUGAAUUGUCUCUGGCUUUAGGCUAAGAAUGCCCUGGCCCAUGGUUUACAAUCAACCCGCCAUGACUGUGAUCUGCUCCGGGAGCAGUAUGAGGAGGAGCAGGAGUCCAAGGUUGAGCUGCAGAGGAGCAUGUCCAAGGCCAACAGUGAGGUAGCUCUGUGGAGAACCAAGUAUGAGACUGAUGCCAUCCAGCGCACUGAGGAACUUGAGGAUGCUAAGUAAGAACUACCACAACAAAUAUAUCCUAAUAACACAUAAGUGCGCUGAUGGGUAAAACAUAUAUUAUUUUGCAACAUACAGUAAUUAAUUAAUUGAUUGAUUUACUAUUGUGUGUUCCCUUUUAAGGAGGAAGCUUGCCCAGCGCCUCCAGGAUUCUGAAGAGCAGACAGAGGCAAUGAACGCAAAGUGUGCCUCACUGGAGGAGACCAAGCAGAGACUACAAGCAGAGCUGGAGGACCUCAUGGUCGAGAUGGAGAGGUCCAAUUCAGCCAUUGUCACCCUGGACAAGAAACAGAGGAACUUUGACAAUGUAAUCCUAUUGACUUCUUUAGUGUCUCAAUGACUAAAGACUGUGGUGUGGUUCGGUCUCAACAAUUGGAUUGACUUUCAUGUGAUCUUUUUUAAUAUCAGGUUCUUGCUGAAUGGAAACAGAAGUAUGAAGAGACCCAGUCUGAGCUGGACGGCUCACAAAGGGAGUUCAGGUCUCUGAGCACAGAGCUAUUCAAGAUAAAAAACUCAUUUGAAGAAGCCCUGGAUCACUUAGAGAACAUGAAGAGAGAGAAUAAGAACCUUCAACGUAUGAUAGUCAUCACCCUUGAAAAUCAAAACAACAUAUCCUCAUAGAAUGUAUGUAUGUGUUUUAGCUUAUAGGCCUGCAUGUAACAAACAUAUUGUUUUGUCAAUUUUCAGAGGAGAUAACAGAUAUCACUGAACAAGUGGGACAAUCUGCAAAGACCUUCCAUGAACUGGAUAAGGCAGCGAAACAAGCUGAACAGGACAAGAUGGACACCCAAACAGCUCUUGAAGAAGCUGAGGUUCGCCAUUUUCUCACACAUAUUGUGCAUUCCCCCACAUUUAUUAUUUGAAAUUUGAAUAUGACCGCAAAUGUUUCUGUUCUGUGCACCUGUCUUCUUCUAGUCCUCCCUUGAACAUGAAGAGGCCAAGAUGCUCCACCUUCAACUGGAGUUGAACCAGAUCAAGUCAGAGGUUGACAGAAAGGUGGCAGAGAAAGAUGAGGAAAUAGACCAGCUGAAGAGGAACCAUCAGAGGACCGUGGACACCCUGCAGAGUGCUCUAGAUUCUGAAGACCCGCAGCAGAAACGAUGCCGUCAGAGUCAAGAAGAAGAUGGAAGGGGACCUAAAUGAGAUGGAGAUUCAGCUGUGCCAUGCCAACCACCAAGCAGCUGAUGCUACCAAGCAGCUCAGAAACAUCCAGGGCCAGCUCAAAGUUAGUGUUUGACUCCAGAAACUCAUUUUAUAAAAACCAUAACACUCACCAUCUCUAUCAAAGUUCUAAUCAGUAGGUAUUGGACUUAUUCAUGACCUUUCUGUUUCAGGACUCUCAGGUCCAUUUGGACGAUGCCCUCCAUGGGCAGGAGGACCUGAAGGAACAGCUGGCCAUUGUAGAACGCCGCAAUACACUGAUGAUGGCAGAGAUUGAGGAGAUGAAGGCAGCACUAGAGCAGUCCGAGAGGUGCCGUAAACUGGCCGAGCAGGAGCUGGUCGACGUGAGCGAGAGGAUGCACCUGUUGCACUCUCAGGUGAGGCCCCAUAAGCAAAUAAAAAAUGUGGCCUUAAGUGAAAUGUAUGAAUUUAAUUUAUUCUGUUACCCUCUCUCUUUACUCAUUUAACAGAGCACUAGUCUCAUCAGCACAAAAAAGAAGAUGGAGUCUGACAUAACUCAGCUGCAAUCAGAGGUGGAAGAUGUAGUCCAAGAAGCCAGAAAUGCAGAUGAGAAAGCUAAAAAGGCUAUUAUAGAUGUAAGUCCGAAGUCAGUGUAAAUCUCAGUCCAAAUGAAGUCUGUUCAAACAAUGUCUUGAUCGAUUGCAAAUUAUUUAUCGAUAGGCUGCCAUGAUGGCUGAGGAGCUGAAGAAGGAGCAGGACACCAGCGCUCACAUGGAGAGGAUGAUGAAGAACCUGGAGGUCACUGUUAAAGACUUGCAGCAGCGUCUGGAUGAGACUGAGCAGUUAGCCAUGAAAGGUGGAAAAAAAGAGCUCCAGAAACUAGAGACCAGGGUAAGGAUAAAGAUACAUGUUUUAUUUCCAGUUCACGCUCUCUUAGUUGGUGAUUCAUUCUUAAUCAAUUAUUUACACUCAAGGUUAGAGAGGUGGAGAAUGAACUGGAGGCAGAGCAGAAACGUGGUGGGGAAGCCAUGAAGGGUGUGCGGAAAUAUGAGAGAAAAGUCAAGGAGCUCACAUAUCAGGUAAAAUAUGUUUGGUUGCUUAUUCCUGAAUUGCACCAAAUCAUGAUAAAAUAUGAGAGUAAUGAAUAACUCUGGGUUUGUAGGGUGAGGAAGACAAGAAGAAUGCAGACAGACUGCAGGACUUGGUCAACAAGCUGCAGCUGAGGGUGAAAGCUUACAAAAGGCAGUGUGAGGAGGCGGUGAGUACAAUAUAUUAUUGGCAACGACUGUACAUUUUAUUAUUAGAUAAAUAGGACAACUGUUCACCACUUCUAACUUAUCUGUCUCUUUAUUUUUCUGUGAACUACAGGAGGAGCAGACCAGUAUCAAUUUGGCCAAAUCCAGGAAGGUGCAACAUGAGCUUGACGAAGCUGAGGAGCGGGCAGACAUAGCAGAAUCCCAAGUGAACAAAUUAAGAGCUAAGAGUUGUGAUGUUGGUGGCAAGAGAGAAGAAUAGAGAUAUGGGCAUCUUCUGCUGAUGGUGCUGUAAUUCAUGUUUAGAAUUACAAUAACUCAGACAUAGAAUGUAGAUACAGUAUACAGUAAUUAUUGUUGCAAAGAUACAUGCCUGCUUACACUAUUGUACGUACCUGUAUGUUAGCAUUCCCUGUGCUAUAGUUUGACCACCAUGCUUAGAUGUUCUGCUUAAAAGCAGAAAAUGGCAUUACAAUGAAAUACAGUACAAAUCAAUUUUACUUAUAAAACUAUAAUUAAAUACUGCAAAGUAUCAUACUGGUCUAUUAUCUUUGUUUCAUUAGAGGUAACACUUUUAGCAUAGAUUAUAUAGCAAAUGGGUUUUAGUUAUCUUAUAUUCAAAUAGAUGGACAUGUUAAGACACUAUAUUUUAACAAUAGUUUAAAAGCAAAAUUACAUUCUGUAGUAUGUUGGAGACAGCUCUGGAUCCAACUUUGAGUGAAUACUGACAGCUCAACUUGCUGAUUCCAGGAAUAGUUAUUGGACAACAGCUGACAUAGACUGUAGGAGACAUACAGCUUGAUUCUAGGCGAGACAGAGUGCAGAAAAAUAAAAUCCAAAAGCAUUUGAUUAAAAUGCCAGGCAUCUUUGGAGAUACACUUAUACUCCAGGAGAUUAGCUUCCCCUCAUACAGAGUUAUGUCAGAGGUGUCCACUUCAAACAAUAACUAAUCUCUCAUUUAUCAAAGAGACUGUCAGAAGCCACAGUACAUCAAAAUCAUCCACUGCUUUUAUCAGUAACGAUCAUGAAUACGCAAUGACUUUAGAAGAUGAAAAGAUAUUAGGACGUUGAGAAUGCAAACACAUUGUCCACUUACUCUCCACAUAUAGAUACUGUGCAUACCAGAAUCACUGUGUGAGUUCCUGAACCUCUCCCCCAGCUCACUCUAAUCAUAAAAUGCAUCCCAUCUCGUUAAAACAUCCAAACUCAGAGCUUACUAACGACAGAAAAAAACAUUGGUUUUGAUGGGUACAUUGUGUGAAGCACAGAGAUCAAGGAACACUGUCUUGUUAAUCUGACAUACAUGCUGUUAAACAUGAGAUCCUUAAGGAUGGAACUCAUGAUAGAUAUUCAUAUGAUUGCAAAAACAGUUGCUCACUGCUUGCAUUGGUUCCCUUGAUGUAGUAUUGUUCAACGACCAACAGAUGGAGGCACUUCCUUUGUCUUCAACACUCCCACCCAACACACAUCCCCACACAGCGGGAGAGAGAGAAUGAGUGAAUGUGUAAACAAGUGACAUCAAGCUACAAUAAUCAAGCUAUUCUGUAAUGUGGCAGGCAACAAAAAUCAUGCUUAAUUGAAUCACACCAACUUAUUACCCAUUGCUAUCCUAUUGCUGCACACAAAUAUUCGUACAAGUUAACGCAACAGUUUCACCUGCAGAUAACUUGUCAUGUAUAUAUGUAGCAGUGGAGGAAUCAAAAUAUAAUUUUGUAGGAUGGUUUGAAGCUAUAAAGUGACCUAUUUACUGGUGAUUGGUCAACCAGCCACUUCAAUGUACACAAACAGUAUCUUCCUGUUACACUGUUGGUUCUCAUUCUCUGCAGUUGAACAAAAACAAUACAACACUACUUCACAUCCCUGCAAAAAAUGGGUUUUGUUGGAUUAUGAUAAGGUAAUAACCUUUUGAAUUAGGAUCUUAUAUUGUGUUAUAGCAUAGUACUAAGAUAUGUAAUGCUAAGUCAUAUUCUUUUUUUUUUUUAAACACAGAGAAAUGUAAAUUAGAAGUAAACGGCUGCACAGUGCACCUAUAAGGAAGGAUCAAGAGGAAAUACUCACCAGAAAAGUAACUCUCUGAUGCACCUAACUAACGCACAGAUGAUGACGCCGCAACAUUUUGUGAGCAUUGUAGGUACGAGGUACCGCGUGGAUUAUUGAAAGCUUGGUUUUGAACAGCCCUCAUCACAUUCAGUUCCACUAAUUGGCAGCAGCUGUCAUUUACAUGACAUUUGUAGCUGUCCUUGACCCUGUUGAUGAAGGGUUAGUUAAUUACUGCUGUGUGACUUUCACUCUGGGUCACAUUGACACAGGCUGAGGCAACAAGUGUGACGAUAAACACUCAAAGGCAAUGGGGGGGACAUGAUGGGGAAGCCCUGUACUUGAGGAACUGGACACUCAGUUCAGACAGGUGCUUAGCAGCAUUAAAUGACAGCUGCAGUGUCUCAUUACAGUACAGUACAUAACACAAUGCACUCGAGGUUUCCGUUAGUGGAUUUUAUUUUAUAUUAGAAAAAUAUAGGCUACAUAAACAUAAUUGAUAUCAAUUUGUAUCCUUUCUUAAAUCAGUGUAAACACUUUAGCCCUAAGCCGGCUUGAUUUAAUAGAACGUCUAUGGAAGGGAUGAACAACUCUCUCUCUGCCCAGAUAUAAAAUAGUCUCUGAUCAAAAGAUGAGGACCAAAACCAUCACACACCACAGCCCUCUGUGACUGUUGUUGUGCAACCCUGCCCUCUGGCCUUAGCAGAAUGCUGUGAACGUGUUCCACUAGUUAGCAGGAGCACUCCCAAGACAUAAGCAAGGUGAUAUUUCUCCACAAGGACCUAUGGUCAAACUCAUCAUGUAAUGGGUAUGGCUCUUUCUAAUUGACCACAAAAGAGCUACUGUGAGUGUGUAAUCAUUCAACCAUCUUAAUUUAUUUUUAAAUGCUGUAAUGUGUUUUCAAACUGUCACUCCUCAGUCCGCCUUUCACACUCCUCACUUAACACUGUGAGACUCCCCAUGCUUGUUCUAAAUGUUCCUUUAAUGUAUCUCAGCAACCUUGAAUAUGGAAAUCUAGAAGCUUGAUACCAUAAUGUUUUAAUCUGAAAACUAGCUAGAGAACCAUUACAGGCCCUUUGAUUUCAAAACUGGUAACCUUGCAAUUUAUGAGGUACAUCCACUAAAUAUGAAAGCUCAUGUCAUAGCUAAAGCAAUUGUUUGACUACAGAUGUAGGAUCUUAAUUUGAGCUAGCUUGCUACAGCAGGAAAAUAAUCAUGCAGUAACAGAAAAUGUGAAUUACACUAUAUAUACAAAAGUAUAUGGACACCCCUUCGAAUUAGUGGAUUUGGCUAUUUCAGCCACACCCGUUGCUGACCGGUGUAUAAAAUUGAGCACACAGCCAUGCAAUCUCCAUAGACAAACAUUGGCUGUAGAAUGGUCUUACUGAAGUGCUCAGUGACUUUCAACGUGGCACCAUCAUAGGAUGCCACCUUUCCAACAAGUCAGUUCGUCAAAUUUCUGCCCUGCUAGAGAUGCCACGGUCAACUGUAAGUGCUGUUAUUGUGAAGUGGAAACGUCUACGAGCAACAACGGCUCAGCCGCAAAGUGGUAGGCCACACAAACUCACAGAAAGGGACCGCCGAGUGCUGAAGCGCAUAGCGCAUAACAAUCGUUUGUCCUCAGUUGCAACACUCACUACCGAGUCCCAAACUGCCUCUGGAAGCAACGUCAGCACAAGAACUGUUCGUCGGGAGCUUCAUGAAAUUGGUUUCAAUGACCGAGCAGUGCACACAAGCCUAAGAUCACCAUGCGCAAUGCCGAGUGUUGGCUGGAGUGGUGUAAAGCUCGCCGCCAUUGGACUCUGGAGCAGUGGAAACGCGUUCUCUUGAGUGAUAAAUCAUGCUUCACCCUCUGGCAGUCUGACGGACAAAUCUGGGUUUGGCGGAUGCCAGGAGAACGCUACCAGCCCCAAUGCAUAGUGCCAAAUUUAAAGUCUGGUGGAGGAGGAAUAAUGGUCUGGGGCUGUUUUUCAUGGUUUGGGCUAGGCCCCUUAGAUCCAGUGAAGGGAAAUCUUAACGCUACAGCAUACAAUGACAUUCUAGACGAUUCUGUGCUUCCAACUUUGUGGCAACAGCUUGGGGAAGGCCCUUUCCUGUUUCAGUAUGACAAUGCCCCUGUGCACAAAGCAAGGUCCAUACAGAAAUUGUUUGUUGAGAUCGGUGUGGAAGAACUUGACUGGCCUGCACAGAGCCCUGACCUCAACCCCAUCAAACACCUUUGGGAUGAAUUGGAACGCCAACUGCAAGCCAGGCCUAAUCGCCCAACAUAAGUGACCAGCCACAGAAACUACCAGCUGGGGGCCACAUCUGCCCCCUCCAACGGAAGCAGCUGAUGGGGAAGGAUUUGUGGGAAUCCCCUCUUAAGCCAUAGGACACUGCCGAAACAAAGGUUCACUACAGUUUACACGCACAAGGAAACUAGCAAACAAAUGAGAUGUAAUUUAAUAAAGAUGAGUUGAUUUAAUUAGUGACACAGAUGAUUGAGCAAUUUGAGUUUGCUCAAACUAAUAAACAUUUUGUGAAAUUGCUGAAGGAACCCACAUGUAUCCAAGUCGCUGAACGUGAAGGUGACUAAAGGUCAUGUGUUCCUCAAGGAUAUACAACUAGGUGAAGAGGGAUUUUGAAGUCACUACCCACUGGGCACAGACGUCAAUUCACUGUCUAGUCCACAUUGGUUCACGUGACGUGGAAACAAUGUUGAUUCAACCAGUGUGUACCCAGUGGGUAGUGUUGAUUGGGUGAUAUAAGGUACACAUUUUACAGCCAGAAAUACACACAAUGACACCUUCACCCUCCAAAUCAACACUGCUAAUAACAAAGUGUAUUAAAACGUUUACAAAUGUCCCUGAAUAACAGAAAUGCUGUGCUUCUGGUUUAUUGUAACCUUGAAAAUACAAUUCAUAAAAUUGAGAUGCAUUAAUUAGCCUACUGUACUGUAUGUGAAUAGCUAACAGCAUGGUUUGACAGGAUCGAAGUAUGUAAAAAUAGAGUUUGAGGAUCAUCACGUGUUGCUGGUGACACGUCCCCAUUACCACUUGAAGAUCGUGCUCCAUAUGUAAGUGUUGAGCAGAAAUUGAUAAUGUGACUUGAGAUUUGGGUAGAAUUACAUGCCCAAAUUCGGAGGGCCAUUUUUUGCUUGACCAGCACAUUCAUCUUCAUAAAAGGACCACAACUGCACUGUGUUCUUCACUGAGAUGCCUGGCAUCUACUAGGCUAACCAGCGGUAAGAGCCUAUACAUUUCCAUUCUCAGCCUGUCUUCAAUCCAAAGUCAGGUUCAGGGAGCAUAGUCCUGCGCUCUGUUUAACUGGAAUCACGCAUCAGGACCAUGGAGUAAAUUGAUAAAGACAAAGCCACUUAUUAGCCUAUACUAACACUCUGGUGAUAGUGCUUUUUGUGUUUAUUUUGCAGAACGGAGGCACACUGUAAACGGUGUACAUUCUAUUGUGGUGUGAGGACGGUAAAUUAAGACAGAAAGACAUUUGAUGAAAAUACUUUUGAUGACAAUAUCAUCAUAAUACAUAAAAAAUAUGAUAUUUCAUGAAUACAUUAUACACACAAUUUUACAAAGAAGCACAAUAAACAUAGUAUGUUUUGUUUUCUUAUUAAUAUCUAGGUAAAAGUGAACUGCCAUCAUGAGCUCGGACGCGGAGAUGGCCGCUUUUGGAGCAGCCGCCAUCUAUCUUCACAGCCUGAGAAGGAGAGUAUUGAGGCUCAGACCCGGCCCUUUGAUGCCAAGAAUGCCUGCUUUGUGCCAGAUGUCAAGGAUCUGUACAUCAAAGGAGUCGUCCAGAACAGAGAAGGAGGCAAAGUCACAGUGAAAUGUGGGAAUGGAGAGGUUGGUCCUAUUGUAUCUGACCAAUUAGUUAUAAACUUUCCCAUUUGCAAAUCUCUGAGUUAUUUGAUUUCAAAUGGAAUUUUUGAAAUAUCUACAACAACGUUAAAAGCAUUAAUAACUUUUCAUUGCAUGGUGUGUCAUCAUUGUAAACACACUUUUUUAGACGGUAACCAUGAAGGAAGAGGACGUUCAUCAGAUGAAUCCUCCAAAGUAUGAUAAGAUGGAGGACAUGGCCAUGAUGACCUACCUCAACGAGCCGUCUGUGCUGUAUAACCUCAAAGAUCGUUAUGCAGCAUGGAUGAUCUACAGUGAGGGAAAAAAGUAUUUGAUCCCCUGCUGAUUUUGUACGUUUGCCCACUGACAAAGACAUGAUCAGUCUAUAAUUUUAAUGGUAGGUUUAUUUGAACAGUGAGAGACAGAAUAACAACAACAAAAAUCCAGAAAAACACAUGUAAAAAAUGUUAUAAAUUGAUUUGCAUUUUAAUGAGGGAAAUAAGUAUUUGACCCCUCUGCAAAACAUGACUUAGUACUUGGUGGCAAAACCCUUGUUGGCAAUCACAGAGGUCAGACGUUUCUUGUAGUUGGCCACCAGGUUUGCACACAUCUCAGGAGGGAUUUUGUCCCACUCCUCUUUGCAGAUCUUCUCCAAGUCAUUAAGGUUUCGAGGCUGACGUUUGGCAACGAACCUUCAGCUCCCUCCACAGAUUUUCUAUGGGAUUAAGGUCUGGAGACUGGCUAGGCCACUCCAGGACCUUAAUGUGCUUCUUGGGCCACUCCUUUGUUGCCUUGGCCGUGUGUUUUGGGUCAUUGUCAUGCUGGAAUACCCAUCCACGACCCAUUUUCAAUGCCCUGGCUGAGGGAAGGAGAUUCUCACCCAAGAUUUGACGGUACAUGGCCCCGUCCAUCGUCCCUUUGAUGCGGUGAAGUUGUACUGUCCCCUUAGCAGAAAAACACCCCCAAAGCAUAAUGUUUCCACCUCCAUGUUUGACGGUGGGGAUGGUGUUCUUGGGGUCAUAGGCAGCAUUCCUCCUCCUCCAAACACGGCGAGUUGAGUUGAUGCCAAAGACCUCGAUUUUGGUCUCAUCUGACCACAACACUUUCACCCAGUUCUCCUCUGAAUUAUUCAGAUGUUCAUUGGCAAACUUCAGACGGGCCUGCAUAUGUGCUCUCUUGAGCAGGGGGACCUUGCGGGCGCUGCAGGAUUUCAGUCCUUCACGGCGCAGUGUGUUACCAAUUGUUUUCUUGGUGACUCUGGUCCCAGCUGCCUUGAGAUCAUUGACAAGAUCCUCCCGUGUAGUUCUGGGCUGAUUCCUCACCGUUCUCAUGAUCAUUGCAACUCCACGAGGUGAGAUCUUGCAUGGAGCCCCAGGCUGAGGGAGAUUGACAGUUAUUUUGUGUUUCUUCCAUUAGCGAAUAAUCGCACCAACUGUUGUCACUUUCUCACCAAGCUGCUUGGCGAUGGUCUUGUAGCCCAUUCCAGCCUUGUGUAGGUCUACAAUCUUGUCCCUGACAUCCUUGGAGAGCUCUUUGGUCUUGGCCAUGGUGGAGAGUUUGGAAUCUGAUUGAUUGAUUGCUUCUGUGGACAGGUGUCUUUUAUACAGGUAACAAACUGAGAUUAGGAGCAGUCCCUUUAAAAGUGUGCUCCCAAUCUCAGCUCGUUACCUGUAUAAAAGACACCUGGGAGCCAGAAAUCUUUCUGAUUGAGAGGGGGUCAAAUACUUAUUUCCCUCAUUAAAAUGCAAAUCAAUUUAUAACAUUUUUGACAUGCGUUUUUCUGGAUUUUUUUGUUGUUAUUCUGUCUCUCACUGUUCAAAUAAACCUACCAUUAAAAUUAUAGACUGAUCAUUUCUUUGUCAGUGGGCAAACGUACAAAAUCAGCAGGGGAUCAAAUACUUUUUUAAUUAUGUGACUUCUGAAUGUAAUUGGUUGCACCAGAUCUUAUUUAGGUGCUUCAUAGCAAAGGGGGUGAAUACAUAUGCACGCACCACUUUUUUAUGUCCAUUACAUGAAAUCCAAAUAGAAAUCCAUUUAAAUUACAGGUUGUAAUGCAACAAAAUACGAAAAAUGCCAAGGAUGAUGAAUACUUUUGCCAGGCACUGUAUAAACAUGCUCUUGUUAGCAAAACCACAAAGCCAUUAAUCUCUGUUGAUUUUCACCUGGUGUUUAUACAGUGCCCUCCGUAAUUAUUGGGACAGAAGCAUUUUUUCUUCUUUUGUGUCACGAUCGUCAUUCAUAGAGGAGGACCAAGGCGCAGCGUUGAAUGCGAACAUUUUAUUAAAUGAAUGAACACACGAACACGAACAAAAACAACAAAACGAAAACGUGACGUCCCUGGUUACAUACACGAACCAACACGGAACAAGAAACCACAAAUAAUGAAUGCCUAACGGCUACCUAAGUAUGACUCCCAAUCAGAGACAACGAGCUACAGCCGUCUCUGAUUGGGAGCCACCCUGGCCAACAUAGACAUACAACAACUAGAACACAAACAAAUGAAAACUCACACCCUGGCUCAACAUACUAGAGUCCCCAGAGCCAGGGCGUGACAUUUUGGCUCUAUACUCCAAACGUUUGGAUUUGAAAUUGUUUAGAAAUUACAGCACUUUUUGUUCAUAGCCCCCCCAUUUUAGGGGACCAAAGGUAUUGGGACAAAUUAAGUUAUAUGUGUAUUAAAGUAGUCAAAAGUUUAGUAUUUGGUUCCAUAUUCCUAGCACACAAUGGCUACAUCAAGCUUGUGACUACAAAUUUGUUGGAUGCAUUUUCUGUUUGUUUUGGUUGUGUUUCAGAUUAUUUUGUGCCCAAUAUAAAUUAAUAGUAAAUAAUGUAUUGUGUCAUUUUGGAGCCACUUUUAUUGAAAUAAGAAUAGAAUAUGUUUCUAAACACUUCUAAGAAAAAGUGUCACUGUCCCAAUAAUUACGGAGGGCACUGUGCAUGCACCUACAGUAUAUCAACUGCAUCUGUGUCUCAGUAAACAACGUUGUUGCAGGUCUGCUUUAAAGCCAGUCUGCUGGGCACUCUUGAAGAGUUGCGAGAUGAAAAACUGGCCCCUCUGGUGACAGGCACUCAAGCAUUGUGCCGUGGGUACCUCAUGAGAAAAUAAAUUUCUCAGCUGGCUAUAAAGAAGUAAGACAACCCAUCAAUUGAAAUAUUCUUAUCCUUAUCUUUAAAAGAAAGUACAUGCUUAGAACAUUAGAACUGGGCAUUACAAUUACCUAUUUUUCAGAGAUUGUGUGUUCAUUCUGCAAUACAACCUCCGCUCAUUCAUGAAUGUGAAACACUGGUCAUGGAUGAAGCUGUACUUCAAGAUCAAGCCCCUUCUGAAGAGUGCAGAGAGUGAAAAGGAGGUGGAAAAGAUGAAGGAGGACUUUGUCAAAUGUAAGGAGGACCUGGCAAAGGCAGAGGCCAAGAGAAAGGAACUGGAGGAGAAGAUGGUUUCUCUGUUCUCGGAGAAACAAAACCUCAUGUUACAAGUUCAAUCUGUAAGUGCUAUUAGAAUUGUCAACAUGAACUAUCACUGUUUUUAAACAGACAGGGUCAUUAUUGUAGUCAUCUGAGGGGUACUGUUAUAUCAGUUUGUUCAUUGUAGUGUUUAAGAAGUGUUCCAUUAGACAGACACGUUGACUGGACAAUCGGUUUUCCUAGGAUUCCGAAACUCUUUCGGAUGCAGAGGAGAGAUGAGGCUUUCAUAAAAAGCAAAAUACAGCUUGAAGCCAAACUGAAAGAGUUGACAGAGAGACUGGAUGAUGAAGACAAAAUCAAUUCUGAGCUGACUGCCAAGAAGAGGAAGCUGGAUGAUGACCACCUCAAGCUGAACCCUGGCAAGACGGAGCUGUUCUUCCUCCCGGGGAAGGACUGCCCGUUCCAUGAUCUCGCCAUCACGGUUGACAACUCCGCUGUGUCCUCCUCCCAGAGUGCGAAGAGCCGAGGCGUGACCCUGGACAACACCCUGUCGUUCUCCGCCAACAUCAAGGCGGUGACCCGCUCCUGCAGGUUCAUGCUCUACAACAUUCGGAGAGUACGACCCUGCCUUACACAGGAAGCGGCACAGGUCCUAAUCCAGGCACUUGUCAUCUCCCGUCUGGACUACUGCAACUCGCUGUUGGCUGGCCUCCCUGCCUGUGCCAUUAAACCCCUACAACUCAUCCAGAAUGCCGCAGCCCGUCUGGUGUUCAACCUUCCCAAGUUCUCUCACGUCACCCCCCUCCUCCGCACACUCCACUGGCUUCCAGUUGAAGCUCGCAUCCGCUACAAGACCAUGGUGCUUGCCUAUGGAGCAGUGAGGGGAACGGCACCUCUGUACCUUCAGGCUCUGAUCAGUCCCUACACCCAAACGAGGGCAUUGCGCUCAUCCACCUCUGGCCUGCUGGCUCCCCUUCCUCUGCGGAAGCAUAGUUCCCGCUCAGCCCAGUCAAAACUGUUCGCUGCUCUGGCACCCCAAUGGUGGAACAAGCUCCCUCACGACGCCAGGACAGCGGAGUCACUCACCACCUUCCGGAGACAUUUGAAACCCCACCUCUUUAAGGAAUACCUGGGAUAGGAUAAAGGAAUCCUUCUACCCCCCCCCCCCCCCCCCCCCCCCCCCCAAUUGUAAAGUGGUUAUCCCACUGGCUAUAGGGUGAACGCACCAAUUUGUGAGUCGCUCUGGCUAAGAGCGUCUGCUAAAUGACGUUAAUGUGCCCUUGAGCAAGGCACUUAACCCUAAUUGCUCCUGUAAGUCGCUCUGGAUAAGAGCGUCUGCUAAAUGACUAAAAUGUAAAUGUAAAUGUAAUGCUCUGAGCUGAAGAAAGAUAUUGAUGACUUAGAGCUCACCUUGGCCAACGUGGAGAAGGAGAAGCAUGCCACUGAAAACAAGGUUUGCAUUUUAAUAUGAAGCUGCAGUAUCCAUCAUCCUCUUUGCGUGUCUUUUACUAACAUGACUAUGCCAUUGCAGGUUAAAAACCUCACAGAGGAGAUGUCUGGUCAGGAUGAAAGCCUUUCCAAGUUGACCAAGGAGAAGAAAGCUCUCCAAGAGGCACAUCAGCAGACCCUUGAUGAUCUCCAGGCAGAGGAGGACAAAGUCAACACUCUGACAAAAGCAAAGGUUAAGCUUGAACAACAAGUGGAUGAUGUCAGUAACACAUUAUCAGUAGAAAAAGCAUUGCAUUGUAAUGCUUUAACUUAAUUAUAUCGCUACUUGUUUUCAUACCACAGCUUGAGGGUUCUCUGGAGCAAGAGAUGACGAUUCGCAUGGACCUUGAGAGAGCCAAGAGAAAGCUUGAGUGUGAUGUGAAACUGACACAUGAAGCCAUAAUGGAUCUGGAGAAUGAAAAGCAGCAGUCAGAUGAAAAACCUAAGAAGUAAAAUCAGAAACCGCUGAAGUAAUAAGCAAGAUUUCCUCUGUUGUGGUCAAAUGUACUCAAUAUAUUUCCUCUUUGUAGGAAAGACUUUGAAACAGCCCAGUUGCAAAGCAAAAUUGAGGAUGAGCUAACACUGAGCUCCCAGCUUCAAAAGAAGAUUAAGGAACACAAUGUAAUACAGUAAAAAAUGAAAUAUCUUUAAAAUGAUUAGCUCAAAUUUGGCAGAUUGUUUGGUUUAAAAUGGUAUGUUUUCUCUCAAGGCUCGUAUUGAGGAACUCAAAGAAGAAAUUGAGUCUGAGCGUGCUGCUCGGGCCAAGAUAGAGAAGCAGAGGUCUGAUCUCUCCAGAGGGCCAGGGCAUUGCCAUAAAUUACCCUAUGCAUGAUAUUGAAAAAUGAUUGGUCUCACUUUGCGCAGGAAAAAGCUUGCCCAACGUCUCCAAGAGGCUGAGGAACAAAUUGAGGCGGUGAAUGCAAAAUGUGCUUCACUGGAGAAGACUAAGCAGAGACUGCAGAGUGAAAUGGAGGAUCUCGUGGUUGAUGUGGAGAGAUCCAAUAGUAUGGCUGCUAACCUUGAUAAGAAACAGAGAAACUUUGACAAGGUAAUAAAAAAGUUUGAUUUGAUUUUUUCUAAAAGCCUGAACAUCCAUGUAUUGAUGACGAUACAUGGUUUUAGAUUUUAGUUGACUGGAAGCAGAAGCAUGAGGAGUCACAGUCGGAGCUGGAAAGUGCUCAGAAAGAAUCUCGAUCACAAAGCACCUAUCUUUUCAAAAUGAAAAACUCCUUUGAAGAAGCUCUGGAUCAUCUGGAAACUCUCAAAAGGGAGAAUAAAAACCUGCAACGUAAGUCCAAUUUAUGAAAUGUGACAAUCCAUGACAUAAUAGUCACAACACAUAAAAUCCUUAAGGUUUUACAAUAUCAAAUGACCUGAUAUUGUCUUUUGACAUGUACUGUAUGGCUUUCAAAAUACAGAGGAGAUAUUAGACCUAUCGGAGCAAAUUGGUGAGAGUGGAAAGAGUGUCCAUGAACUGGAGAAAGUCAGAAAACAAGUGGAAACAGAGAAAAGUGAGAUGCAAUCUACACUGGAGGAAGCAGAGGUAACAUUAUUUUUAAAAAAUUUACUCAACUGGCACAAUGUUUUAAAAAAAUUACACAAUUAAGCCAAAUCAACAGAUUUUAAGGUUUACAAUAAUGAAUAUACAUUUUCUUUUUGAAGGCAUCUAUAGAGCAUGAGGAAUCUAAGAUCCUCCGUGCCCAGCUGGAGUUGAACAAGGUGAAGUCUGAGGUGGACAGGAAGCUUGCUGACAAGGAUGAGGAGAUUGACCAGCUGAUUGACAGAGAGUUAUUGAUUCCAUGCAGAGCACUCUGGAAUGAUGCCCUGCGAGUUAAGAAGAAGAUGGAGGGAGACCUCAAAGAGAUGGAGAUUCAGCUGAGCCAUGCUAAUAGGCAGGCUGCUGAAGCCCAGAAACAACUGAGGAAUGUUCAGGGACAGCUCAAGGUGAGCUGUUACAAACAGUGCUGCUGUGUUUUGCAACAUUAAGAUGGUGUGCAUACUUAAUAGGCAUUGAUAGCCAUGCAUGUGACAGUAGGUUACAUUUAAUUGCAAAUGAGUGCCUAGGGUUUCAGUCAAAGUUGAUCAUUAAACCAUUCCAGGAUGCUCAAUUGCACCUUGAUGAUGCUGUCAGAGGACAGGAUGAUAUGAAGGAGCAGGUCACCAUGGUGGAGCGCAGGACCGUCCUGAUGCAUGCUGAGAUUGAGGAACUCAGAGAAGCCCUUGAGCAGGCAGAGAGAGGCCGCAAAGUGGCCGAGCAGGAGCUGAUUGAAGCUAGUGAGCGAGUAGGGCUUCUCUACCCCCAGGUUGGUUGUGUGAUAUGAUUCAUCAAACCUGACAGUUUUCUCACUUUACAAUUGAACUAAACCUCUCUAUUCCAAAUAGAACACCAGCCUUUUGAACACCAAGAAGAAGUUUGACACAGACAUAACUCAACUUCAAGGAGAAGUGGAAGAUGCUGUUCAAGAGGCAAGAAAUGCAGAGGACAAGGACAAGAAAGCAAUUACUGAUGUAAGUUCUACAGUCCACAAGCUGUCUCUUUAACACAAACUUCCACAAGCUAAAUGAGUUUCAUUCAAAUACUGUCCCAUUCUCAGCCUGCCAUGUUGGCAGAGGAGCUGAAGAAGGAGCAGGACACGAGUGGUCACCUGGAGAGGAUGAAGAAGAACCUGGAGAUCACCGUCAAGGACCUGCAGCACCGUCUAGAUGAAGCAGAGAAUAUUGCCAUGAAGGGUGGAAAGAAGCAACUCCAGAAACUGGAGGGCAGGGUAUGUAGCUAAGUUAAUUAUAAAACUGUAUUGCAGACUGAUUUAAAAACAUUGCAAAAAAACGUCUCUAUUAUCUAGGUCCGUGAUCUGGAAAAUGAGCUUGAGGCUGAGCAAAAGCGGGGGGUUGAUGCUAUCAAAGGAGUUCGUAAAUAUGAGAGGAGGGUCAAAGAGCUCACCUAUCAGGUAAGAAAUAAGAACGUAUUAAUGUACCUUAUAAUCAGGAGUUAAAGUCAUAUUGUCACAGAAAUUGGUUGCGUUUCCAUGAUCAUUUUAACAGAGAUGUAUUUAUUUUCCAUUCAUGGGCAUAGCCCUAGCUUCAAAUGAAAUUGCAAUCCACUUAUCGCAUUGUCCUGAAAACCAUUUUUGAAAAAAUAAACUGACACCUGUGAUUUCUUUCAGACUGAGGAAGACAAGAAGAAUGUUACUAGACUCCAGGAUUUGGUGGAUAAAUUACAGAUCAAAGUGAAGGCUUACAAAAGACAGUCCGAGGAAGCUGUAAGCAAAUGACAUACCAAGGACCAUUCUCCACUAGAUUUUGAGUGUUCAAGUGAAGGGUGGGCUCUGGCUGCAAUAAUUAAUGUAGGCUAACCUACAUUGCAUCUCAUUCAAUUGCAGGAGGAGCAAGCUAAUGUUCAUAUGGCCAACUUCAGAAAGGUGCAGCAUGAGCUGGAAGAGGCUAACGGGCGUGCUGACAUUGCUGAGUCCCAGGUCAACAAGAUUAGAACCAAGAACCGUGACAUGGGAACAAAGGUAUUGAUAAGUUUGAAGUAUAGAGUUUUGUUUUGAGUUCCAAUUCAACACCAGAGAUAAUGGCCUUGUCCCUUCCAAUCGUAAACACUAGAGGGUACUCUGUGAGUGUCUAAAUACAUAUUAGAGCAGAGAAGAAGAGGCGAAGCAAGAGGUUUUACUCCGACCGAAAUCUGUCCACGAAAAUAAGCCCACCAUGUGAAGGAUUUGGAGUGUCGAAUUUGGUCAACAAAAAAUGUAAUUACUAACUUGCUACGUGAGGCUUAUUUGAUCUAAUAUAAGUUGUGUAAUGGUUAGGUUGUUACAAAUGCACUGAUAUAAGUGGACGCACGUGGCGUUACGGAAACUUGACUUUAUAUCGGAGUUGUGCCUGUUGUCAUAGAUAUAGAUAGAGGAUUAAUCAUGGAUAUAACGCAUUUUAGCAUGGACAUUGCCAUUGAGGGCUUCCACCAUUUUAAAGUAGUCAACUGGGUGGGGAUUCCUAUGAGUUUGGAGCAAUCCGCCAAUGAAGAAGAAAAUGUACUACUUUAAAAUUGAGAUAGGAUCAAUGGUGCUGCCCAUGCUGUCAGACUAUAAACUGGCACAGAUACAAAGAUGAGUCCUAUAUCUAUCUCUAUGGCCUGUUGUUUACACGCGUAUCUGCCCUCUCAUAGGCUAGAAUGGUCUCACCUGAGCUCGCCUCCUCCCGCCUGCCUUCCAUCUUUGAGGACAUGUAUUUCCAUUGUUAGAGCAGUCACUCGUAUAUCUUGUCAAUAUAAUAGACAAUCUUUGAUAAGAGCUAUAUACAGUGGGGAGAACAAGUAUUUGAUACACUGCCGAUUUUGCAGGUUUUCCUACUUACAUAGCAUGUAGAGCUCUGUAAUAUUUAUCAUAGGUACACUUCAACUGUGAGAGACGGAAUCUAAAACAAAAAUCCAGAAAAUCACAUUGUAUGAUUUUUAAGUAAUUAAUUUGCAUUUUAUUGCAUGACAUAAGUAUAUGAUCACCUACCAACCAGUAAGAAUUCCGUCUCUCACAGACCUGUUCGUUUUUCUCUAAGAAGCCCUCCUGUUCUCCACUCAUUACCUGUAUUAACUGCACCUGUUUGAACUCGUUACCUGUAUAAAAGACACCUGUCCACACACUCAAUCAAACAGACUCCAACCUCUCCACAAUGGCCAAGACCAGAGAGCUGUGUAAGGACAUCAGGGAUAAGAUUGUAGACCUGCACAAGGCUGGGAUGGGCUACAGGACAAUAGGCAAGCAGCUUGGUGAGAAGGCAACAACUGUUGGCGCAAUUAUUAGAAAAUGGAAGAAGUUCAAGAUGACGGUCAAUCACCCUCGGUCUGGGGCUCCAUGCAAGAUCUCACCUCGUGGGGCAUCAAUGAUCAUGAGGAAGGUGAGGGAUCAGCCCAGAACUACACGGCAGGACCUGGUCAAUGACCUGAAGAGAGCUGGGACCACAGUCUCAAAGAAAACCAUUAGUAACACACUACGCCGUCAUGGAUUAAAAUCCUGCAGCGCACGCAAGGUCCCCCUGCUCAAGCCAGCGCAUGUCCAGGCCUGUCUGAAGUUUGCCAAUGACCAUCUGGAUGAUCCAGAGGAGGAAUGGGAGAAGGUCAUGUGGUCUAAUGAGACAAAAAUAGAGCUUUUUGGUCUAAACUCCACUCGCCGUUUUUGGAGGAAGAAGAAGGAUGAGUACAACACCAAGAACACCAUCCCAACCGUGUAGCAUGGAGGUGGAAACAUCAUUCUUUGGGGAUGCUUUUCUGCAAAGGGGACAGGACGACUGCACCGUAUUGAGGGGAGGAUGGAUGGGGCCAUGUAUCGCGAGAUCUUGGCCAACAACCUCCUUCCCUCAGUAAGAGCAUUGAAGAUGGGUCAUGGCUGGGUCUUCCAGCAUGACAACGACCUGAAACACAAAGCCAGGGCAACUAAGGAGUGGCUCUGUAAGAAGCAUCUCAAGGUCCUGGAGUGGCCUAGCUAGUCUUCAGACCUGAACCCAAUAGAACAUCUUUGGAGGGAGCUGAAAGUCUGUAUUGCCCAGCGACAGCCCCGAAACCUGAAGGAUCUGGAGAAGGUCGGUAUGGAGGAGUGGGCCAAAAUCCCUGCUGCAGUGUGUGCAAACCUGGUCAAGACCUACAGGAAACGUAUGAUCUCUGUAAUUGCAAACAAAGGUUUCUGUACCAAAUAUUAAGUUCUGCUUUUCUGAUGUAUCAAAUACUUAUGUCAUGCAAUAAAAUGCAAAUUAAUUACUUAAAAAUCAUACAAUGUGAUUUUCAGGAUUUUUGUUUUAGAUUCCGUCUCUCACAGUUGAAGUGUACCUAUGAUAAAAAUUACAGAGCUCUACAUGCUAUGUAAGUAGGAAAACCUGCAAAAUCGGCAGUGUAUCAAAUACUUGUUCUCCCCACUGUAUAAGCAAUCAAUGGAUAUGUGAUUAUGGUCUUAGUAGCAAUCAAACAUUUUUAAUCACCUUUCUUUGCUGCUACAUGCUUUAAUCAGUCUUCUUCAAUACAGGGCCAAGAGGGAAUGGAGGAGUAGCAGAGGUUGUCCCACAUUGAAUACCAGAAGAUGCAUGCUCCAGAGCGACUUACAGUUAGUGAGUGCAUAAAUGUUUUUGUUUUUUUGUUAGCCUAUCAUAGUCCUACCAUCUUGGAUGAAUUGCAAAACCAGUGAUAUGUUAAAAUAGCGUCUCCAUCAUAACAAAUAACCAAACACAUUAUACAAUCAACACAACCAAUCAACUAUUGCAUCAUAUUUUAUAUCAACCAAAACACAUUGUCAUUCAAACAACAUUUGUGCCCCAUUAAAAUAGUAAUAUUAUUUUGUGAGAAAUUCAAAACAUUUUAAUUACAUACAUAUUCACCUCCAUUAAAUAUACACAGGCCAUUCAGAAAUCAAUGAACAAACUAACUUUCAAAAAAUGAAUCAAUUUUCAUUAGCAAUACUAAUAUUGUGCCAAUAUCAUGUUCUGACUCUAACAAAGUUUGAAGUUCCUAAAUAAAUAGCAUUACCUUAAAUUCAGUCAUAUUGUUUUCACCUUUCAUGUUGUACAUGUCCUACUGUAAUCAUACUAGUUAGAACAAAUAAUUCUGUACGAUGAUUAGAAUAUCAAUAAAUAUUACUUAUAUUGAUGGCUCCUGAUGCUGUUCAAUAUCAUACUCAAAAUCAUACCUUGAGCCCCUGACACAGACAAGAUGAAUGACAUGGGAUCUAUCCCAUUAUCUGUUGUCCUUGGCCUAGAUAGAAGAUAAUGUCUCAUGUUUUAAGGUCAAGACUGAGAAGACUCCACAUCAUUGUUAAAAUCAAAUGCAGUGACCUACUGCCAAUAGUCACACCAUGUAAAAGUAGUCUUCACAGACCUAUUCAAUAACAUGGUUUGUCCAAUAUACAGCCUAUGGUUUUGCCAACCACUUUUCUGCACAUGCUGAAUAGAAAUUGGACUUGACAAUGCAGAUGCAUUUACAUUAUUGUUGCUUUCUCAGUCUCUCCCAAUUGAGGUCUGUGAGUGUUGUCCUGUGUCGGUGAGUUGAGUCAAAGAUGAUCUAUCUGUAGAAACCCUGGAUGGGAGACCAAAGGGUAGCUGUAGGUAGAUCAAUUCUCCAGUAGGAGGUGCUGCCCAGCCUAUUUUUUUAUUCUUCCUAAUAGUAGAUAUAACGUAGAUAUCUGACAUUGUUUUAAAGGUACAAAUUCAACAUAUUUUAUACAAGGUUUGUCUAUGUUGACAUUUGGUUACCAUGAUGAUGUAAUCAUGUGGUUGAAAUUUCACCCUCAAAAUAAGUUUACGUUGUUUUCUAAUUCAAUGUAUUUUCCACAUAGAUUCCACAUCACAAUACAUUGUGUCACAAUACAACCCGUUUGUGCCCAGUGGGUAUAGUCAUGACGUAACCGUGCUAGGCCAGGUUAUGAGUCCACCAAAUCAUUAAUAAUUGUAUGUGUUGGAUUUAUUAAGUCGUAAUUUUUUUGUUUAUUUUGCAGCAAUAGGAAUUCCAUUAAGAUACUGCAUGGCUAAGGGUAGACGUGGGGGGCGGAAUGUGAAUGUAAAAAGUGAAAAUGUUUCUGUAGGGACAUUUUGACAUGUUUUUUUGAGCUGAAUGCCCGGUGAGCCACUCAGUUUUUUUGAUUUUCCCAAAUUCCACUCCCGCAUAUUCCCCUAAUAUAAGCAAAUGGAAUGCAAGACCUAGAUCUGUCAACUGUGAACAUACAGUUCUCUCUGCCUGUAUUGUGUAGGUAGGCCCUAAUGUUGAGUGCAUUUUGCGCCAUACUAGGCUACUAUUUUUUGUUUUACUACUGAUUUUGUCAAAUAGCAUAGGCUAACUUUUGUGUAUCCAGACAAUGAAUCAAUAAACAUAAAUCAUGUUGAGUUUAUUAUUAUAGAUCCACUACAGCAAACCAAAAUAAUACAUCUACAACUUCUACAUUUCACCUCUUGACCAUUUUCUUACAGUUCUCAUAGAUAUCCAUUAGACUAAACAAAUGAGGAGGUAUUUGGAAGUUGUUGGUUAAGAGUAUGUUGCAGGCAUUGUCCACUUUUCCUUCAGAAUGCCAGCCAUCGGUUACUCUCCACUGUCUUUUCCCUGUAA